CCAGCCUCAUACGUGUUAGGACCACUGCUGCCUCUAACUUCAACAAGCACCUCGGAGAGGGCAGGGGGAAAAAAAGGACGUUCCCCCCGGCUUUUAUGUGGAGGAAUGAAACAGCCCCGCAAGCUGUAAGUUUGUCACCUGAUAUCUUUCCUCGGAUAGAAAAGAUACGUUUUCGUCAGAGUUUUUCGACUUGGAUUAAGUUCUGCGUGGAAACAAAUGUUAUCUGAACCCGCAGAAAGGAGCGCAGAGAAAGAGAGAGAGAGGAGGUGGGUGUCGGAUACAAGCCUGUUUUUUUUUUCUUCUUGUUCUCUUGUGCAUCGAUUUUGGAUACAAGCUCUUUAUUUAGGCAAAAUUGAAAAGGAAGUUAGAUUGUCGCUGUUUCUUUAUAAAUAAUCUGAAGAUCCUGAGAGAUCUGCAAAGGGUUCAAUCCUGGGAAAAAAGCAACUCGUUGUGGAAAGUUUGCAGUGAAACAACAAAGACCCACCAAUCAUACCAGCAGUGUUCAAAUCAUGGCUUUAAAGGCCAGAGUGUUGUAUGAUUUCCACUCUGAAAAUCCAGGAGAGAUCUCCAUAGCGGAGAAUGAGUUGGUGACUUUGUUCAGCGAGGAGGAGCUGGAGGGCUGGCUGGAGGGGGAGAACAUUAGGGGGGAGGCUGGCCUCUUCCCUGCCUCCUAUGUCGAGAUCAUCAGGGACCACAUCGCCUCCAACAACGGCUUCUCCUCGCCCAAACCCAAAGUCGCGAUCCCCACCCACACCUCCUCCUCCCCUGACUCCCAGCCCCACCGAGGCUUUGGGGCCGGUAGCGUUGGCAGUGGUGGGGGCAGCUUCCAAACCAGCCAGGGGAGCGACGACGACUGGGACGAUGACUGGGAUGACAGCUCUCCGGCGGCCGACGCGCCUCAGGGUCUUGGCACCACCCCUUCCAUGUACCCUGUCACCACCUCCCUUCCGGGACGCAGCAGCGCCCAGCACCACCAUCAGCAGCAGCAGCAGGCGAAAAGCUCGGCCACGGUGGGGAGGAACCUCAACAGGUUCUCCACCUUCGUCAAAUCUGGAGGAGAGGCCUUCCUGCUUGGGGAGGCCUCGGCUUUCGUGAAGGACGGUGACAAGAUCUGUGUGGUGAUGGGAAAGCAUGGUCCGGAGUGGCAGGACGACCCUUAUCCAUUUACGUGCACCAUAGAUGACCCCACCAAGCAGACAAAGUUCAAAGGCAUGAAGAGCUACAUGUCCUACGGCCUCACCCCGACGCACACCAACGUACAAGUCAACCGCAGGUACAAGCAUUUCGACUGGCUCUACGCUCGUCUUGUGGAGCGCUUCCCCGUCAUCUCGGUGCCCCACCUACCGGAGAAGCAGGCCACGGGCCGCUUCGAGGAGGACUUCAUCUCCAAGAGGAGGAAGGGUCUGAUCUGGUGGAUGAACCACAUGACCAGCCACCCUGUGCUGGCCCGCUGUGACGUUUUCCAGCAUUUCCUGACCUGCGGGGCGGACGAAAAGGCCUGGAAGCAGGGCAAGAGGAAGGCAGAGAGGGACGAGCUGGUCGGGGCCAAUUUCUUCCUUACGAUCAGCCCCCCCGCUCUCCCUCUGGACCUUCAGGAAGUCGAGAGCAAGAUCGAAGGCUUCAAGACCUUCACCAAGAGGAUGGACGAGAACAUCGUGGUCGUGAACGCCACCAUCAAUGAGUUUGCCCGCAAGCAGAUGGCAGGUUUCAAGAAGGAGUACCAGAAAGUGGGACAGUCCUUCAAGCUCCUGGGGCAGGCGUUCGAGCUGGACCAGCAGGCCUACUCAACAGGCCUCAACAAGGCCAUCGCGUACACUGGAGAGUCUUAUGAGGUGAUAGGAGAUUAUUUUGCUGAGCAGCCACGCCAGGACCUGGACCCCAUUUCUGACCUGUUGGACCUCUACAGAGGACACCUGGCCAAUUUUCCUGACAUCAUCCAUGUGCAGAAAGGUGCACUGACCAAGGUGAAGGACUGUCCAAAGCAGGAGGGGGAUCUCCACGACCGCUGCAACAUCAUUUCUUGCGCCACGCUGGCGGAAAUCCAGCACUUCCAUCGUACGCGCGUGAGAGACUUCCGCUCGCAGAUGCAGCACCACCUCCGCCAGCAGAUCAGCUUCUUCCAGAGGAUCACCGCCAGGCUAGAGGACGCGCUGCAGAGAUAUGACGAAGACCAGUAGGACGAGAGGGAGAUAAGAGAGAGAGAGAGGUCGAACUACAAAGAAUCCAAGGACGUGAUGGGUGGUGGAUGGGGGCUUGACAGGAGAGGGAGACAAGGGUAUCUUGAUGGUUUCGUCCUCUUCUUCUAGUAAUGGAGAACAUGCUAUUGGCUUUUAAGAGAAAAAAACCUUGGAGACUUGUAUUGUGAUGGAUUGUGUGCCUGGUACGAGCCUUGGAAGAAUUAUACCACUCUUUAAAAGUAUAUAGGCCAGAUGACAACUUCUUGGAUUAACCGAACUGCUCUGAUGAAUGUACCAGUGAGAGGGAUUUUGCUGACACUCCAGGCACAUCUUGCAACUCAGCGGGACUGCUGCAGAUGUUUAAAACAGCUGCUUACAGUACGACAGGGGCCGCCGUUUGAUGGACUCCCUAGAAAUCCCUCCGUCAGGGAUGCAUCAGCAGAAACAAAGACGGGGAAUUCUUGAAAUCGCUUCAUCUGGCCGUUUUAAUAAUCGAAAGGCAGGACUUUAUUUUUACUUGAAUGACCUACUCAGUAUUGUUUUGGUGGCACGGUAUGCGAGAUCAUGACUAUGGCGAGAGGCAGAGAUGGAACAAUAUCCUCUACUGAUUACUUUUAGUAUUUUCAUCGCAGCGUGAAGUUUGACCUACUUCUGCUGAAUAACCUCUCUCACAGCUCAGAUCACACCUUCACUGUGUUAUAAUUGGAAGCCCUACAUUGAUCUGCAUUUUAGUCGUAUUCGCAGCUCUACAUUCUCAUUUGUUCCAGAUGUUGUGUUAAAAUUCUAAAAGCUUUUAGGGACGGGACUCACCUAUUCUGUGGGUGUUUUCUGGCAUGGAAAGACUCAAACAAGAUCAUGUGGAAUGUUAAAGUUAUUGCAGCAUUUUUGGAAUUCUUCUAAGGGCAAAAGGGUUCAUCUGGGGAAAAGAUGGGUUUAGGCUCAGGAUGACAUUCCUGGUUGCGAUUUCUAAACGCAUUCUUCUACUGCCUCAGAGUUAAAUCUGUGGCGUUGCCAUAUGGGGAUGAAUUGUUUCAUUUGUUACAUAUAGCUCAGAGAACGUUUUGUGGCAAUCAUUAGCAGUGUUUGGCCGCUGGAUUGGGAAAACCCUUUUCGACCAGGCAUCCUGCACAAAUUUAAUGAGUUUGACUCACAAAGAAAUUCCUUUAAAUUGAAGCAGCAGGGGUGUUGGAGGGUGAGCACCCAGAGGCAAGUUAGGGUCAGUUAAAUAUAACCAAUGUGCUUCUUAAAAAUGGGGGGAAAUGUUUUAAACUGUGUGAAAGGUGACAGUUUUACACACAUAUAUAUUUGGUAAAUGUUGUAAUUUCAGAUGUGAUGUCACAUUCAUUUCUUGGGGACUUUUGCUUUGUAACUUUAAUGAUGAGACAAAGCACCAUGCUGGUUGUGCUUUCUCCAGACUAAGAUCACCAAAAGUGUUUCUCAGCACUUUGAAUGUAACACGACACCAUUUCAUCAAAUAAAUGAAAGUAGAUUUUAUUUCAA